AUGGAGUGUUUCCGACAGAUCGUCCUACUGGUCAAAACACCCUUCAGAAGCAAAAAACACCAAGCGUUGGAAAUUGGCCCUCCAACAAACUUCCGCAAGGAGAAGCAGCCAUUCUUCUCCGAUGACGACUAUGGCUCGACGCCAGAGAAGGAUAGCAAGGUUGACGCAGUUGAGCGCCAGCCAUCCGCACGUGAUAAGAUCAAGCAGCAUGUUCGGAGAUUGAGCACCAAGGUCGGGGGGCCGCUUCCCAUUCACGACUAG